AUGCAAUAAUAAUAUUCUAAUAGUACAAUAUAGGAUUUCAACAUCCUUGAGAAAUUAGGAGAGGGUUCAUUCUCUUCAGUAUACAAGGUAUGAUGAGAAUUGAUGGAUGUAGGUGUAAAGAAAAUCUGAUGGUCAAUAUUAUGCAAUGAAGAAGGUGAAUAUAUCACAAUAGAGUUUAAAAGAGAGAGAGAAUGCAUUAAAUGAAAUAAGAAUAUUAGCAUCUUUAGAUUCUCCUUAUAUUGUAGAGUUUAAGGAUGCAUUUAUAGAUUAAGAUGGAAGAAUUCUGUAUGUCAUAAUGGAAUUAGCAUCAGGUGGAGAUUUAAAUCAAAUUGUAAAGUAAGGUAAGUUGUAAGGAGGAGUAUAAGAGACUGAAAUCUGGAACAUUUUAACAUAAAUUACACUUGGUGUUAAAAUAUUACAUGACAAUAGUAUUUUACAUAGAGAUUUAAAAUCUGCUAAUGUUUUUGUAUCUAAAACUCCUUAAGGAAAUAUAUAUAAAAUUGGAGAUUUAAAUAUAAGUAAAGUAACUCAUGGAGCGAAUGCUAAAACACAAACAGGAACUCCAUGUAUAUAUAUAUAUAUCUACUUUUAUUAAUAGAUUAUGCUGCACCAGAAGUUUGGAAAGGUGAAUAAUAUUCAUGGCCUUGUGAUAUAUGGUCUAUUGGCUGUAUUAUAUAUGAAUUAAUUACAUUUUAACCUCCUUUUAGAGCUCCUGAUCUUUUGUCUUUGAAUAAAAAAAUUUAAGCUGGCUAUUAUGAACCUAUUCCAUCUAAAUUUAGUUAAGAUCUAUAAGAUAUUAUUAAAUUACUUUUAUAAGUUGAUCCAUUAAAUAGACCUAAUUGUGAUUAAAUACUUAAAAAUCCUAAGGUUAUUAAAAAUAGUGGAUCUUUAUUAGUAGAAAUAGAAUAAAAUGGUAUUAAAUAAGCUAAAUUAUUAUAAACUAUUAAACUUCCAUUUAAUUUAAAAUAAUUAAAAGAUAAUUUACCUAAACCUAAAUAUGAAAAUAGAAUUAAAAGAUCUCAUUCAUCAUAAGGACUCAAAAUUGAAACAGAUAAUCCUAUUUCUUAAUAACCUAAAAUUAACUUAGAAAAUAAAGAAAUAAAAGAAUAACCACUCAGAAAGAAAUUAAUAAGUGUUCCAUCAUAAGGUGCUCCAUUAAACAAUAAACCUCCUUUGGCUAAACCUUAAUGUGCUUAAGCUUAAAAGUUUUAAUAUCAUCCAUAAACUCCUUAAUAUUAAGGAUUAAAAAUUUAGUAUCAGGAAUAAAAAAUAUAGUAUUCUAUACAUUCUUAUUAUUAAAUAGAAAUUAAGGAUAAUAAUAUUCGAAACCAACUUAUUUAAAACAAAAUUAUGGAAUUCGAGAUAAUUCACCAAGAAAUAACCUAAAUCCUUAUUUAUAACAAAGAAUAGGCUAGUAACAACCUUAAUAUAAUAUGGGAAAACCAACAUAAAUGAAGAGAUAAUAUAGUGCAGGAAUUUAUGGAAGAUAAUAAAUAUAUAAAUGA